GGGAACGCGAAACAAGUUGAACCACAGAUUAGCGUGCGCGGCCGUCCGCGUUCCCGUCUGACCACGCGCGCCCUAGGUACGAGCGCGAGCGCGCUGCUGCGUUUGUCUUCGCUGGGCUAAGCGGCGGCGUCCAGGUCGAAAUGUCGGAACUGAUCGGCGGCAUCGAGCCGGAGCCGGCGGAUGUUAAUCCGUUUCAGGAUCCCUCAGUAACGCAGGUGACUAGCACUGGUGUGGACCGGCUGGAGGAAUUUAAUCCUUUCACAGAGAACACAAUGUCGGCCAGCCAAUUGGGGAUCACUGUCCCCGCCUCUGCGCCAGCUGUUCUGCAGCCGUCUGUGGAGCCCAGCCCGCAGGCCACUGCAGCAGCCGGCCAGGCCAACCUGCUCCGCCAGCAGGAGGAGCUGGAGAGGAAGGCAGCUGAGUUGGAGCGAAAGGAGCAGGAAUUACGGAGCCGUGCUGCCACAACGGGCAAAGAAAACAACUGGCCUCCCCUGCCGAAGAGCUUCCCAAUCAAGCCUUGCUUCUACCAGGAUUUUUCAGCAGAAAUCCCCACUGAGCACCAGAGAAUUUGCAAGAUGAUGUAUUACCUUUGGAUGUUUCACUGUGUGACUCUCUUCCUGAACCUGCUGGCGUGCCUGGCAUACUUCACAGUGGACAGUUCCUACGGAGCUGACUUUGGCCUGGCGAUCGUCUGGUUCAUCCUCUUCGCUCCCUGCUCCUUCCUCUGCUGGUACAGGCCCAUCUACAAGGCCUUCAGGUCUGACAGCUCCGUCCAUUUCUUCUUGUUCUUCUUCAUCUUCUUCUUCCAAAUAAUAGUGUUUGUCAUCCAGGCGGUGGGCAUCCCCAAGUGGGGCAACAGCGGAUGGAUUAGUGCCAUUUCCACGGUUGGCAGAAGCCCUCCUGUCGCAGUCAUCAUGAUGGUGGUGGCUGGAUUCUUCACUGCCUGUGCUGUUCUCUCCUUCGUCCUGCUGAAACUGGUGCACUCGCACUACCGCCGAACCGGUGCCAGCUUCCAGAGAGCCCAGCAGGAGUUCUCCCAGGGCGUCCUCACCAGCAGAACCUUCCAGACUGCUGCCGCUUCUGCCGCCUCCUCUGCUGCUCAGGGUGCCUUUCAGGGAAAUUAGAAAGCAGACCCACCGCUAUCCUGACUCACGAUGUCUCCAACACCCUAGGUCCUUGUUACAGAGGUUCAUUAUGGCUCGCUGUCCUUGAUGCCACACUUGUAGUUGCCUAGUAGACUGGCUGCCAUUGGAAAGAAUAGACACCAGAGGGCGCUGGUGCUUUCAUAGAAAGGCCUCAUGGUUUUAUUAUUUUUUUUCCAGCCUUAGUUCCUAAACUGCAUAAGCCACACAGUUUGACGGGUUUAUUUAGAAGGACAGGUGGACAAGGCGAGUUGAACAGCUCUAUUUGUACAGCGAUUCUCUUGAGUUUAGAUGACUGUAUUAUAAUGCAUGUGCUUCCUUUGGGCUAAUUUAAAAAUUUGAUCACUACUCCAACACAGGAAUCAUGUUGACCAUAUUUACAUUGUGUUCCUUAUUACAAAGCCCUCAAAAUGUCAAAUAAGGGACUGACUGGAAAAAUCAUUUCGUAUUCUGAAAGGUCCAUAAGUAAUGAUUUAGGACCCUAGUGCAGAUUUUCUUCUAGGGGGAUUUUAAUGUAAGGUUUCCAUGUCGGCUUUAUUCUUUUUUCCACGCUAUUAAUCAGGUCUUCUUAACAGGCUUUCUUCUAGAAACCAAGGUCUGUUAUUUGAUAAGGCUUAUUUUAUUUAUAAUUUGUUUUAUGACUAUUGCUAGUCCAUUGUUCACCUCAUGUCCGGCUCAUGCUUGUGAAGGCAACAGAAUUUAAAUCAUGACAGGACUUUUCAGGUUUUAUUUCAGCCUCUAAAUCAGUGUUUCCCAACCCAGCCUUCGGGGUCCCCCAGACAGUCCACCUUUCUGUACCAGGAGCUGGGAGGGAGCAAAAAUGUGAGCUGUUGAGGGGGUCCCUGAGGUCCGGGUUUGAACACACUGCUCUAAAUGAUCAUUGAUCAAGGCUCAUUUAAAUUUCAUAAAACCCACAACAUUUUAAGUGUGUUACAUACAUUGUUUCUGAAGUGAUUUAUGUCUGAUUUAAAAAAAAAAAAAAUGGAAAUAAUUUAAGUGCCAGACUGUUUCAGUGCUAUGCCAAGAUUAAUCUUUUCUAAAAUGUCUUUCUUAAUUGAAAUUAAAUUAUCUGCUACCUUAAUCAUUAAUGUAUUAGUGAAUUGCCUGGUAUUCCUUAUUAAUAAAACUAUUUUUAUAAGGAAAUGCUUCUUGUUCCCAAAACCUGUCUAAAAUGAUCUUAUCCGGAAAUAAAAGAAAAGCUGGAGUUCAUAUGGAAA